AAUAGAUUUUAGCACAGAUGGUGCUCGGUUAAAUAAAGAAAACAGUUGUCAAAUUUGGCCUCAUCAAUUUCGAGUAGUAAAUAUUGUUGACAAAAGACCGAUUGUAGUUGGUGUAUUCAAAGGAGGACAUAAACCUUCAAAUGCUCACGACUUUUAUGACCCUUUUAUCACGGAAGUCGAAGAAGUGAUUGCAAAUGGUGGCAUCGAAAUUAAAGGUCGACGACUUCCUUUACGAAUAAGAUGUUUUAUUGCAGAUGCUCCAGCUCGCGCUUUGGUAUUAAAUCACUUUGGACACAACUCAUAUUUUCCUUGUUCGAAAUGUAAUGUUGAAGGAUUUCAUGAUGGUCAAAUGUUUUAUCUUAAUAUUCGAAACCAACCACGUACAAAUGAUCAAUACAGAAACUGUAGUGAUGAAGAUCAUCAUCGUGGUCCAAGUCCCCUAUCACGUUUACCAAUCGAUUUGGUUACCGAUGUGCCAUUUGAAGUCUUGCAUCUAGUCUAUCUCGGAAAUGUAAAGAAGGUGAUUCAUGCACAUGUAACUGGGACGUUUCCACCAUGUGGUAAAUUAAAUGUUCGAAAAUUAGAAAUUCUUAAUUCAAGGAUGAUUCAGCUCAAAGAAUAUUGUCCUUCGGAGUUCAAUCGUCAACCAAGAGAAAUGACGAAAUACAAUCAAUUCAAAGGAACAGAAUUACGUCAAUUUUUGCUAUACACUUCUUUGGCUGUUUUCUUGAAUAUUGUGGAUGAAGAAUAUUAUCUCCAUUUUAUGAUUCUGCGUUGCGUGAUGCGUUUACUCGCUUCUGAAAAUAUGCCCGAUUUUUUGUACGACUUUUGUCAAUCAUCUCUUGAAAGUUACGUUCGCUUGUGUGAAGGAUUGUACGGAGAAAAAUUUUAUUCAUACAACAUUCACGGAUUGUUGCAUGCUGUAGAAGAUGCAUCACGUUUUGGUCCUAUUGAUAGUUUUAGCGCAUUUUGCUAUGAAAACAAUAUGCCUUUUUUUAGAAAAUACGUACGAAAACCUCAUCUUCCACUUCAACAAAUUUGUAAACGAAUGUUUGAAUUAAAUGAUUUUUCAAGUGUGUCAAAUCAAGACGAAGUAGAAAUUGUACCGUCAAUGAAUCAUACAAAAGGACCUCUACUUGAUAAUAUUCCACGAAAUUGCAUACAGUUUGAGAAAUGUGUCAUUAAUAAACGUGUCUUUUCCACACAGACGCGUAAUAAUUGUUUCAUUUCAAGGAAUGAUAAAAUUGGAUUAAUAAAAAAUAUAAUACUUAUCAACGACAGUGUUUCAUUUAUUGUACAAUAUUUUGACGGUAUUCGACAAUUGUAUGAUGUUGGCAUACCUUCACAAGCUGUAGGAGAUUUUCAUUGCUUUAACUUGUCAAAUGAAUUACAUGAACUACCACUCAAUGGAGUAAAGUCUAAAUGCUACCGUAUACCUAAAUGGGACAGCAGGGAAAGUCUGGAGGAAAACGUAAUUCCGAAUGAAUGGAUAUGCUCAGUCCUGUUAACAUUCCAAGGGUGAAAAAGGAUGGCGCCCAAGAUUCAAAAGCAGUUUGAAGGCCACGGAGCCAAACCACAAAAAUCAUCCAAGCCCUCAAAACAUACAAGCUAUGCAUCAAACGGAAGACUAGUUACUGCUCCGAGAAGAUAUUGGACUUCAUCGGAUGAACCGUCUCGAAAAAGGCCAAGAAAAUCGCUCAACUCUGUACACAACGAGAUACAAGCUUUAAGUAGUGGUUAUAAAGAUAAUCCCAAAUUUGUAAUAUUGUUGAAGUCGAGUGAUAAAUUGCUUAUGGAUUCGCAUAAGCCAAAGUCUACACCAAAGAGUAAUCAAUCCUUAUCUCAGAUAAAGCAAAAUCAGCAAAAAACUCGACCAAGCCAAGUGUUAGAACAUCCAAAAAAAUUGCCUUUACCUAAAAAUACUUCUCCGAGCACAGUAUCACCAUUGCCAGUAGAUCCAAAAACUUCAAAUGCAAAGAUAACGGGAACUAUCUCUGAGUCAUCAAAAGAUAAUGGAAAUUCACCAUUACCUGAUUUGCACAAUGAAAACGGAGCUCCUAAUACAAGCACCAAGAAAAAUAAACCAAAGUCGUCUGACCAAAAUCAAAAUGUCCCGCCUGUUAUUGAAAUGAACAAAAAUCUUCAUGCUAUGGAACAAAACUCCAAUUUUCCUCAAGAUAAUGUGAACAUUAAUUCCGGACUUCAAAUUCCAGCUUGGGAAAGCAACAUUUUAGUUCCCGAAAACGUUCUUCUCGACAUUACAACCCGUUUACGAAAUGUUGAAGAGCAGAAUUUAGAAAUCCUUCCCAUCGUUCGUACUCUUAAAGAAGACUCCAAAGUAGUAAAGUCGAAUUCGCUUUUUGCACCUCCUCAAGGAUAUCCCUUAAAAACAAUCGAGGAAUUUAAUUCAUUCGAAGAUGAUGACAAUAAAGUGAAUGCGUUGUACUCAAAUUUACGGAAAUAUGGUGGUACGAAGCUAAGAGAAGCACUGAGCUUUGCUUUCAAAUCCAGUAUGACUGAUGAGCUUGCGACCAAAUUCACAUGGUAUGGUGAUUCAGGUGAUACAAGAAAUUUCGGGGAAACUAAAAUGGCUUCGCUUUUAUAUCAGGUGGUAAAUAAAUGUAAACAGUUUAAGGGUCCGGAAAACUUUACUGAAUUUAAGUCAGAAAUGACAGAAGUUUUAAGAGCGGCGAAACAGAGAUACCGAAACUCCUGCAAAAAGGAAAACCGUACUCCUAAAAAUAAAAGUAAAGAACGUGUUCGACCGAAAGAACACAAUUUUGAAGAUUCGGAAGAAAACGAGGAUGGAGAAGAUCCUACAACUGAUCGAACACAGGACAGCGAGGAAGAUGAAACAGAUGGUUCUUACGAAGGAGAUGAUGAUGAAGGAGAUGAUGAAGGAGGUGAUUAUCUAACAGACGGAUCUUACGAAGGAGAUCAUGAUCGAUUGCAGAAUUUGGUCGAAAAAGGUGAAAUAGAUUAAGAGAGAUUUUUCAUUUUUUAUAUUAUUUGAAGGUGCAAUUUUUAAAAAGUUGAUAUAUCCAUGUAAAAAUUGAGAUAAGCAGAGAUUUUUCUCUAUUAAUGUUAAAUUUAAGAAACAAAUUUUUAAAGGAUUUUGAAUUUCAAAAAUAUUUUAAUCUAACUUCGAUGCUUUAUAAUUUUUAUUUUUUUAUUGGAAAAAACGACGUAAAGAUGU